CUGAUGUUUAGUCUACCAAGGGACGCCAGCACCACCUCCUUCCUCUGACGGAUGAACUCCGCCUCGCCGGGGCUCAGAGCGUCGCUGGGCCCGCGGACAAGCUGCUGGGAGAACAGUGGAAUGACAGAGAGUAUCUUCUUCUCCUGUCUUUCUUCUCCGAGGCCUUAGGUUUCCAGUCGAUGUCACAUCUGACCCUGUGGAACCAUCCAUGGCUGCGACUGAGACACAGGGGCCUGCAAGUAUCCUUCUUUCCCACCAUAGAUCUUGCAUGAAUGCGAUUAAUAAGCGCGUAUGCACUGUGCUCUGGAAAUCUAUCUCCCAAAAUCGUACUCCCUGUCCUUUUGGUGAUCCAUGUUGACAAGCUGAACUCUGCUGUCCUCACCCUUAUCUCCUUCAUGGAGUGAUAAUAGUCCGGUAUAAAUGGUGGGCGAGUUCUGUGGCGGAGGCGUUAGGUCGAGGAUCCCUACCCGUCCCCGACGUUGAAUCACCAUGCCCUACAACGGGUGGCGAACUGGCUGGGUCACAGCAGCCUACGUUUGUGUUUUCACCCUAAUUACACAAACGCUCUUUCUCCCCGUUGAGGCAGGGGGCGCCACAGGCUCUCAACCACAGGAACCAGCCAGUCUGCUGUCCCUCGGAGAACAGCAGUUUGUCUCAGAGAGGAAGGAGGGGAUCAGGAAUUCACUCCAAAGUCUGGGGAUGCACAUUAAUGCGGACUCGGUGCCCCACAUCGCCCUGCUGGGCUCUGGGGGGGGGCAGAGGGCAGCUGUGGCUCUCCUGGGGUCUCUCCAGCAGAUGGGGCAGGACGACCUGCUGGACACCCUGCUCUACAUGGGAGGAGUGUCUGGGUCUGGCUGGGCCAUGGCGUCCCUCUACACCGACCCCCAGUGGAGCACCAACACGGCCGCAGCUCUGGCCAGGCUGACCCAGCCCGGCCCGGAGGUGGACGACAUCAUGGCCUGGCUGAAGGUCCGGUCGGAGCAGGAGGACUUCUCCCUCUCUGACCUCUGGGGGUCCCUCCUCUCCUCCAGCAUCAUGAAGCAGAUGGACCGCACGCGCCUCUCCGACGAGGCCAAGAGACAAACCACCAACCCGUAUCCGGUCUACAGUGCGCUGGAACAAAAAUGCUACUUGGACGGCCAGACAAAAGGCAAAUGGUUUGAGUUGACUCCUCAUGAGUCGGGCUUCACAGAGCUGAAUCACUUCACCCCCACCUCCCUGCUGGGCCAAAGACCCUCAGACAGUGGGGCGUCUGAGGGGGAGAAGGGCGUGGAGGGGGGGAAGGAGGAGGUGAUGGAGGUUAUGGGGGUGGAGGAGGAGGUGAUGGAGGUUAUGGAGGUGGAGGUGUCCGGGAUGGACAUGGUCACCCUGCAAGGUAUAAUAGGCAGUGCAAUGGCAGAUGAACAGAAGAUGCUGGCGCAUUUGCCGGAUUGGCUGAAAAAUAUUCUUGACAUCCACUCUUCCCCGUCCGAGGGAGCGGUGGAUAGCCAGGAGAGGAAGACGAAGGUUGACGCAUGGAUGGAGAAGGUCCUGAAGCCGAUGAGGGAGGGGCUCCUCGCUCUGCCAGACGGCCCUGUCAAGGACGUGGUCUCGUGGGUGGUCUUGAAACUCUUACCCUUGAUCACCGAAUGGAAAUGGGGAACCACAGCCAACUUCAUCUAUCACAGCCCAGACGAGUUCAUUCCAGAGUGUCUGAGGUCUACGGAGAACCUCCAGCUGGUUGACGCUGGUCUGUUCCUGAACUCACCAUACCCUCCGUUCCUCGGGGCCAGGAGGGACGUGGACCUCAUCAUCUCCCUGGACUUCUCCCUGGGGCAGAGCCUGGAGAGCCUGACCCUGGCCAGGGAUUAUGCAGUCGAGGUGGGGAAGCCGUUCCCAGUGAUAGACGACACGGUCCUGGAGGAAAUGGACUGGCCCAGGGACUUCUACGUGUUCCCGGGAGGUCGUUCCGCGCCCACCAUCGUUUACAUGCCUCUCUUCAACCAAAGGAACUGCAGAGACGCAGCCGAGGUGAAGUCCAAGAUGGCGGAGUACACUACAGUCCAGAUGCCGUACAACCAGAAGAAGAUAGCUGGCCUGUUGAAGAUAGCCAUGGACAACAUGAAGAACAACAAAAACAAACUGAUGCUCGAGAUGCACAGUGCUGCUGUUCGCAAGCAGGAACGCAGAUCAUAGCUCAAAGUUGAUGUCCAGGACAGAGUAAAGCGGAUGAUUUACAAAGUGCAGCCAUCCUCAGUAAAGUUUCCCUCAGAACGCUGCAAUGCUAGAAUCACUCGUCUAGAGCGUAAACGGACCCACAACAUUUAUGUCACACUUAUUACCAAAGCAGUGUUAUUGCUCUUGAUGUGCAACCCUUAUUUUCUGCUGUAUCUUAUGCAAAUAAAAUGGAAAGAAAGGUUGUUUGCAUCUUUCCAUGUCUGCGAGAGAGAAAGA